ACGGUUAUACCGAUAAACGUCAUUUUAUAAAUUUGUACUAACAAUUCCACCAAAUAUCGUGAUGAGUGAGGAAAAUCUAUUAUGUGCGAAUGAAUCGUGUCUAUAUCAAAAGAAAUAUGAAGAAUGUUUAUUGGAAUCGAACGUACAAAUAGAAAUAGACGUAGACAAGAUAUGUUCGAAUGAAUAUUGUCCUUACAAAAUAGCCGUGGCUGAAUGUACCUCCGAACCGUUACGACAACGUUGUACAUUCAAAGAUUGUCCUUUUAAACAAAAAUAUGGAUUCUGCGGAAUCGGGUACGAAAAAACAGUGGAAAAAGAGAAAAAGUGCACUAAUCCGAAAUGUCGAUUGAAGAUGAAAUGUCAACAAUGCACUAAGAAACAUAAAAAACUAGUACAAUCACCUUUAUGCGAUAACGAACAAUGCCCAUAUAAAAUACCUUAUUUGGAAUGUAAGGAUCUCGCUGGGAGAGUCCUUAAUGUCGAUAAGGAUAAUUUAGGAAUAUGCACAAAUCAAUUGUGUCCUUAUAAAACGUUGUUGAAAGAAUGUACCGUUUUCAAGGACACCAUCGAUAUUUGCCAGAAUGAAAAAUGUCCUUACGGGCAAAUUAUAGACGUCGAAAAAAAAGAUAAUCAAAAGGCGGUAAUACGUGGAAGCACUUAUUCUGGCAGCGAAACUGAUUCGUAUAGUGUCGGGAAUACCACGUUAUCAUUUAGUUCGAAAGGAACGAAAAUUCAAAGUAAAUAUAAGUACGAUAUGUGCGUACAAGUCGGGGACGGUUAUACAGUCGCCGAAAAUAUUUUAAAUGAUAUUUUCGCUAGAUUACAUGAUAAACUGGAAGAACACGAUGGAAAAUUACAACCGGUUGUAAUCGACAGAGGUCCUUGCGUAAAUCGAACGUGCAAAUUUUUAAAUCGACAAAAACAGGAAACUUGUAUGCCGUUUAAAGAUGUUUGCAUAUUCGCUGAAGAAUUUAUCGAUCUUAUUAUACGAGAUGCAACAGACGCGGUUGCGGAAAAGAUGCUACCAACAGAAGGUUACAAAUUAGCUAAUUAUUUACAAAUAGGUAUUUUCAAUAAAAUACAGUCGACUACCAGUUCUGUAAGGUAUCAAUCAAUCACUUUCGAUUGGCCCUUGAUCAAAGAUUUCACUAUACCGUUGGGGGUGCAAAAAAUAACAGAAUAUUUAGAUAAUUGUGAAGUUCAAGAACAGUGGUUAUGUGGGAUUUAUUUUAAGAAGAUCACCGAAGAACCUAUCUCACUAUUUUAUCAUUACGAGGUUAUAUGCGGAUUACCAACGAAUAUUUACCCCAUACCUCAAGUUACAGCGAGCAUUUAUUUUCGAAUAGAAGUUUCUAAAGUGAUACCAAAAUCUUGUCCGAUACACGUUACGUUCCAGUUGGAAACGUACAGAUACGUUUUCGACGCUUCGAUAACGACGGUAAGCGAAAAGUGGUUGUUGAAUAUAUUGAAGUCGAAGAUAAGCGUUUUCCCGACUUUCGAUUAUUGAAACUCCGAUUGUGGAACAGCUUCAAAAUAAAAUUUUGUUUUUAAA